AUGUAUGCAGAUGGCAGGGAAGCAUUGAUCUGCCUUGGUGAACAGGCAGAUCAGUGGGUGGAUUCAGAUAUGAGCUCCAUGUAUAGCAGCAUGUCUGUGAUGGUGAAUUGGGCAACUUGUUACCACAGAGAUAUCAAUGGACAGGAUCCAUGGUAUGACAUGCUGGUAACUGUGGGCAACUACCUGCCCUUGGACUUUGUCAUUCCAAUGUUGAAUCUGUGGCUGUGCCACAACCCAGGGAUGAUCAUUGCAUUUUCAGGUUCAGCAUUGGAGCAUGGGGUGGGAGCUGUAGAUGGUGACAGAGCAUGCCUGGCAUACUACAUGCAUGCCAAUGUACAUCAGUUGGUGCACAUUCCCAUGUGUCAAUCACCACAGAUGGACAGCCUACUACCUAGACCAGUUGCAACUGGAGAACUGUUGAUUUGA